AUGUUGAGGCAACACUUUUCGUACGAGCUGGUUCGCUACACGCAGGCCCCUCCCGCCUUGCUACCCAAACAAGCGGAGGAGAGCAGGCCGGACUUUGCGGCGGAGCAGCUCCAGACGCGACCCGGGACUGGGACCAGCCGGGCGGGCGGUGGCAAGAGCGAGCAGCAGCAGCUGCGGAGAAAGAUCAACAGCCGCGAGCGGAAGCGGAUGCAGGACCUCAACUUGGCUAUGGACGCGCUGCGAGAGGAUCUGCCUUAUUCGACGGCUCAUUGCCAGAGCUCGCCGGGGCGGAAGCUCUCCAAGAUCGCCACGCUGCUCUUGUCUCGGAAUUACAUUCUUUUGUUGGGCAGCUCCUUGCAAGAGCUCCGGAGAAUCAUAGGGGAGAUUAGCGGCUCCUCGGGUCCCAGGCUGCUGCUGGCUGGACUGCCUCUCUUCGCCGCCGCCGUCGCCCCGGGCCCGGUGCUGCUAACGCCGGGCCCGGUCAGUCACCAUAACCUGCACCACCACCACCACCACCCGGAGAGGCUGCGACCGGCCCAAAUACUCUCGGCGGCCCUGGAGGAGCAGCAGUGCGGCCAAGGGCGCGUACCCGAUGGGGCGACCCUUUGCUCCUGCGCCGCUUGCAAAUUCCCUCACUUGUUUCCUUCCGCCUUCGGGGUGGCCGCUGUGCAGGCGCAGUUUUCCAAAUGAGCCUGGCCCUCCUGAGCUGAGGAGGGAUGGAAAUGGAGGGGGCCCCGCAGGCUGCAAUCGAAACGGGUGGGAGAACGGGGCCCGGAGGGCUCAAGGCUCCUCGCGUGCUUCUCCUAUUUGUAUUAUUCGGUCUGGAUGGAGCGACAGCUGGGGGCAGAGAGACGAAAAUGUUUAAGACCCUGAAAAGGACAGUUUUGCACGUUUUCCUCUCAAAUCGGUUACACGAUCACUGGGACGAAAGUCUGAUUUUGGCCCUCGGGUACGAAUGUGAAAGAGGGGGAGAAUGGGACAAUUAUAUUAAAUAGGUCCAAAUAACUAGUCCAACUAUAACCCAU